UACAUAUAACAAGUCACGUGGUGUUCCAGCUGGCGAUGGUAAACAAAAAUCUCAGCAUGCUCACCAUGCACUGAAAGUCUGUUUGUGGACUGGAAACGCUCAACGUUUGAAAUUUGAAGACAACACCCGAUGUUUUCAGCGGACUUUAUAGCUAUGUUCUUGAACCUCGCACAAGCGAUUAAUGACUGCAGCAUGCUUCCAUGAAAGCUCAAAUUUUCAUUCUGCUGUGAUACGAUUUUUGGCCAUACACAAAGGUUUUUAAGAUGGUGCUGGGACGGUUGUUCUCCAAAAAGUGGCUAUUUUUGACCAACACAAUCACCUCCGGUGGCCUUUUGGCAAUUGGAGACGGACUGCAGCAAAGUAUUGAAAGGAAAAGUGCGAUCUCAAACAAGUAUGACUGGGCCAGAACAGGCCGAAUGUUUUUGGUAGGCCUCGCUUGCGGUCCUCCUCACCACUAUUGGUACGUCUGGCUUGACAAAGUUCUGAAACCCCAUCAAGUCUGGAAGAAAAUCUUAGCAGACCAGCUCAUAGCAGCUCCGUUCUUUGCUGCAUUUUUCUUCUAUGGAAUGGGCUCUUUAGAAAACAAAACUCCAGCUGAAGUCACGACGGAAUUCAGAUCCAAAUUUCCCACAGUAUAUGCGUUUGAUUGGUUCUUCUGGCCUCCGAUUCAGUACGUCAAUUUCCACUACGUUCCUAGCAGGUUCCGAGUUCUGUACGUCAACGGAGCAACUGUGGUCUGGGACGUCUUUUUAUCAUACAUGAAGCAUCAUGAUCAAGUCAUGAAGAAUUUGCAGAAACACCAGGCAGAUGAAGGUAGAAUCAAACUCAAGUAUUCAACUUAACUAUAAAUUUAUUUUGUACCUUAAAUUCUACACAAUGUCUUAAAAUGUUGACGUUUUUCUGUGAACGUCUUACAAAUACAAAGUCAUGGAUUUGUACCAAAAAUAGAAUCACUAACCAGCAAGCAAGAUGCGGAAUUAUUUUAGUUUUUUCUCACUCCUAGAAAUAGAAGAGAUCAGUCAUUUGUAUCAGCAGCGGAUUUGGUCUAAUUUCAGAAUUAGGGGUUUAUUCUUUUGCGUAUUGGAGUAUUUGACUGUUGUAUUUCCGCCACAGAAGUACCACCUAAAGUUUGAAAUCAUUUUAUUAACUGCAUCAAUAUUACUAAUCGAAAAUUUACCUUUGCUUGUCUUGGUUUGUGACUGUUAUUCUGUCCAGCAUAACUUGUUGGCUUGUAAUUACUCCAGCCGGCCCUGUUUUCGGCCUGAAAAUCAACGCAGCAUACAAAAUCGGCGUCUUUUCUGAAGUUAUACUGUGAGCAUUCGCCACGGCGAUGGCACUCAGCUCUUGUCCACCGCUAAUCAUGUCCAAAGCUCUGAAAGCAACGUAAUAUUUUAUUUAUUAAACUGUUAUUUCUGUUUUAAAUGCAAUUCAUUUUCUAUUUCGUUUUUCCUCUUACUGAGAGCCCAAGCGUGAGGAGCUGAGCUCAAAUGUCGUCACGGUUGAGCUGUGGUGCAGCUGCAAGUACAUAGUGCCUCUUGUCAGCUUUGAACUCGGGGAAAUCUCAACAGACGUUCUGAUCUGUUGUCC